UUUCGCACGAGUGUCAUAAUGGCUCUGGAAUCUGACAAGAACCAAUUGGACUUCUCUCGUUUUUUGGGCGAAAAACAUGUAAAAUUUUGCCUGCGUUUUCUUGGAAUGAUACCUCAAAGAUGCCAAUCGCUAGAUUCAAUACGAUUAAUAAUUGCUUUUUUUGCCGUUUCAUCUCUCGAUCUUAUGGCUGCUUUGUGGAAAUUGCCUGAUAAACAAAAGAUAAUCGAAUGGAUUUAUUCACUGCAAGUUGUACCUAACAAAAAUGUUGGCUUAUCUCCGAAAGACUGCGGUUUUCGAGGGACCGUUCUUUGUUCUUUGAAUGAAAAUAAAAAUUUUGAAAUUUGCGAUCGUGCACAUAUAGCUAUGACAUAUACUGCUUUGAGCACUCUUUUAAUACUUGGAGAUGAUCUGAGUAGAGUGGAUAAAACAAGUAUUAUUGAAAGUUUAAAAGGGUUACAACUUUCUGAUGGCAGUUUUCGUCCCCUAAAUGUUGAAUGUGAAAAUGACAUGCGCUUUUUGUACUGUGCAAGUUGUAUUUGCUACAUUCUAAAUGAUUGGAGUGGCAUUGAUAAAGAUAGAGCAGUGAGGUAUAUCAAAAAGAGUAUCAAUUACGAUGGUGGAAUCGGACAGGGACCUGGCUUAGAAUCACACGGUGGUUCUACGUAUUGCGCCGUUGCAACAUUAUGGCUCAUGGGUGAAAUAGAGAGUGCCCUCUCUCCUAAUGAAUUAAAAGCAUUAAAACGAUGGCUUGUUUUUCGUCAACAGUGGGGAUUUCAAGGAAGACCCAAUAAACUAGAAGAUUCUUGUUAUGCCUUUUGGGUUGGAGCUACUCUCAAACUUCUAAACUGUUAUCAUUUUGUGAAUUAUCCUAAGCUUCUACAUUUUGUGCUUUCAACUCAAGACCAAAUUGCAGGUGGCAUUGCCAAAUGGCCUGAUUAUUUACCAGACAUGCUUCACACUUAUUUGGGUAUAAGUGGCCUAUCUCUGUACGACACGGGUGAUUCUUCAACGAACCCAAAUUCAGAUUUAACUCUGGGUACAAGUGGCCUAUCUCUAUGCGACACGGGUGAUUCCUCCAAGAACACAAAUUCAGCUUCAACUCAGAUAUUUUCAUCAACAGUUCAUCCUGCUUUAAAUAUUAGUCAGCGAGCAGCAGAUUUCCUGUCUGAACUACACAAACAGUGAGAGCUUAUACUGGGGAUGUGCUGAUCAAUGAGCAGCACUGAUUUAUCAUCCGCCAGAUUUUGCUGAUUAAUCUGCAGAAAACAUUAUUCCCAAAAUAAUUUUUUAAAAAUAUAUCUACAACUAGGAAGCAUGAUGAAUAACAUUUAUUAACAGUAAAUAAAAUAUAUUGUUUUCUCCAAACAUUACUGUAACAACGUGUAGUAUGGAAGUGUAGAGUAGGGCCAUUUCCAUGGACACUUUCGACCCCGGAAAAAACCUGCUUUUCACAGCAUUCCGCUUAUUAACGGGUUUUAUGUGGAAUCUUUCUACUCCUACUAGCUUCUGGAGUGAAAGCGGUGUUUUUACCCAGAAUGCA